UUCCAUCCUAUCCGGCUUCUGGGCUGUGACAUUCAAAAAGGUGCUGGAGGCGCGGUACCUCCGGGCGCUCCGCGGUGAGCGUCCUUUAAAGCCGCCGCCAGCCAGCGCCGCUGUAACCCCGCGCACCGGCCGAUCGCCGGCUCCUGCCCCCUUCCGUCUGCGCCGACGCGGCGGCCGGCUCCCGGGGACUCCCCGAGCUGGGAAUCUCCCGCCAGCUGCGCGCUGCGUCCCGGCGACGGCAGGAGCACGUGGAGCCGCUGGGCAGCCAGAGCCGCCGCUCCAGCCCAGCCCAGCCCAGCCCGGCGGCGAGAUGGAAGAUAUAAAACCAAAUGUGGAACUGAAAAGCAGUCAGGAGCAGUCUGUGUCCACAGAAGGUUCAGUGCUUUUGAAUGACUACGAUUUAACCAAACCUCAUGAAACCGAAAAUGUGGACGGUGCCGAAGGCCCAGCCAAUGAAGAUGAAGAUGUAGGAGAUGAUUCAAUGAAAGUGAAAGAUGAAUACAGUGAAAGGGACGAGAAUGUCCUAAAGCCAGAGCCCAUGGGAAAUGCAGAAGAGCCUGAAAUUCCUUACAGCUAUUCAAGAGAAUAUAAUGAAUAUGAAAACAUUAAGUUGGAGAGACACGUUGUCUCGUAUGAUGGUAGCAGGCCAACCAGUGGCAAGAUGAACUGCGAUGUGUGUGGGUUAUCCUGCAUUAGCUUCAAUGUCUUAAUGGUUCAUAAGCGGAGCCACACUGGUGAACGCCCGUUCCAGUGCAAUCAGUGCGGGGCAUCUUUUACUCAGAAAGGUAACCUCCUCCGCCACAUUAAACUGCACACAGGGGAAAAACCUUUUAAGUGUCACCUCUGCAACUACGCAUGCCAGAGGAGAGAUGCGCUCACAGGUCAUCUUAGGACACAUUCUGUUGAGAAACCCUAUAAAUGUGAGUUUUGCGGAAGGAGUUACAAGCAGAGAAGUUCCCUUGAGGAGCACAAGGAGCGCUGCCGUACAUUUCUUCAGAGCACUGACCUGGGGGAGACUGCAAGUGCGGAGGCAAGACACAUCAAAGCAGAGAUGGGAAGUGAAAGAGCUCUCGUUCUGGACAGAUUAGCAAGCAAUGUGGCAAAACGAAAAAGCUCAAUGCCUCAGAAAUUCAUUGGUGAGAAGCGCCACUGCUUUGACGUCAGCUAUAACCCCAGCUACAUGUACGAGAAAGAGAACGAGAUGAUUCAGACCCGGAUGAUGGACCAGGCCAUCAAUAACGCCAUCAACUAUCUCGGUGCUGAAGCCCUGCGCCCCUUGGUCCAGACACCACCUGCUCCCACCUCGGAGAUGGUCCCCGUUAUCAGCAGCAUGUAUCCCAUAGCCCUCACCCGAGCUGAGAUGCCGAACGGUGCCCCCCAGGACCUGGAAAAGAAGAACGUCCACCUGCCAGAGAAGAACCUGCCUUCUGAAAGAGGCCUCUCCCCCAACAACAGUGGCCACGACUCCACGGACACUGACAGCAACCACGAGGAGCGCCAGAACCACAUCUACCAGCAAAAUCACAUGGUCCCUCCCCGGGCCCGCAAUGGGAUGCCGCUUCUGAAGGAGGUCCCCCGCUCUUAUGAACUCCUCAAGCCCCCGCCCAUCUGCCCGAGGGACUCCAUCAAAGUGAUCAACAAAGAAGGGGAGGUGAUGGACGUGUACCGCUGUGACCACUGUCGCGUCCUCUUCCUGGAUUACGUGAUGUUCACCAUUCACAUGGGCUGCCACGGCUUCCGUGACCCCUUUGAGUGUAACAUGUGUGGAUAUCGAAGCCACGACCGCUAUGAGUUCUCCUCGCACAUAGCCAGAGGAGAACACAGAGCCAUGCUGAAGUGAACAUCUGGCCCGGAGACGCUUGGCACCUGCGCACUCCACAUCAUUUUUGAAGGCCGAUAUAUAAUGUCCUCGCCGAACAAACUGCUCUCAAAACAAACUCAGUUCCAAACCCCUUUCUACACCAUUUUUAGUGUCCAAAGGAUCACGUUCACGUGGGCAGCAGAGAAACGCUGUCCCCAUUUAGAAACUGUUUGCAGAGACAUCGUGUUCCUAGUUUUGGGAACCCUUUGUUUUCCCCCCAGGAACUUGAAUUUUAUGAUAUUUAAAAGCCAGCGACGUAUGUGGUCGUCAUCUUUUGCAGCAGUAGAACAGGCAUUCCUUGGAGCUCGUUGCCAACUGGAAGCGUCCCCUGGUUGUGCUGCAUGAGACCCUUUUUCUGAGAUACAUCAGCCACAUGUGGAAAAGCAUCAGCCACAUGUGGAAAAGCCUCUUAGUCACGUGCCCAGGGCCACAGAGAAGAAAAGCCCACCAGCUGACUGACAUUGCUGGGAAGCCUUGGCCUUCUGCACUUCACAUAAGGCUGAAGGGUUAGGACAGAACCCCCACCACCCCAGAUCAUAGUCCAAGGGUAAGGAAAAGAACAGCCAAAAAUUGCAUUAUGAAUAACUGAAGCCCCUAGUCUCUGAACAUCAGACUCACUUAUCACAUGAGAAGAAAAAAACAAGCUAUCUGAUGAUA